AUGGCCAUUGUUUGGGUCAACCCACGGUACUCCAUCAGGCCACUCCUGCGGUUUAUACCUCCAACUCAAGUCAAAAUUAAUGCAAAGGGCAGCAAAAAUAACUUUACCAGGAAUUUUAAUAUUGCAAGUACAAUUUCACUGUACACGCUACACAGUGGCGGAUCCAGGGGAGCAAUGGCCCACAUCGCCCCCCGCCUCGAUCUGCCACUGUUACCUAUCAAAUUUCAUUUCUUUAAAGUAAAAUUUGUUUAUUUAAAGCAAAUUUUAUUUGACGCCCAAACGUUGAAAGCCAUGUUGACUAUAUUAAAGCCUGAGAUUCGCGGUCAGUCCGAACGAGUGACUGCAGAUUGGUUGUCAGAUUCAGAUUCCAUCUGCUCCACAAAUAAUGGUCUAUUAGCGGAACUAAAAAAAAUGUAG